AUGCUCUUCGCGACGACGACGAGAGCGGCCAGCCUUCGCGCCGCCGCGCUGAGCCUCUGCACGCUCGCACUCCCACUCGCGCCGUCGCCUGUCCGCACGCGACAAGCCGCCGCGCUCGAGCUCCCAGAUGGCGGAGCUCCGCUGGUGUCGCUGCCCGCGGCGCCGUCGCGCGUCCUGGACCUGCAGGGCUGGCUCACGCCAGCCGAGGCCGCGCGGCUGGAGCGCAUCCUGGGCAAGCUGCACGAGGACACUGGCUUCGAGCUCCUCGUCGUGACGCAGGACCGCGCCCGCGCCCGCGCGCCCGAGCCGGCCGACCUGCUGCGCUGGUGGUCGCGCCUUGGUCCGGGCACGGUCGGCGGGGGCGGGCGCAUCGGCGCCGGCGCCGUGGCGAUCUAUGCCGACCGCGGCACGCCCGGCGCGCUGAGCGCGCUCGAGGCGGGCUCCUCGCUGCUGCGGGUGGAGGCGGGCUCGGACGCGGCGCUCUGUUUUGGCCCGUCGUUCCUCGCGCGGCUGCGGCGCGAGUACGGCUCGGCGACCUUUGUCCAGCAGCGAGGCGAGUCCGCGGCCGUCAUUACGGCGUGCGAGCUGCUGCUCACCUGCUUGCGCGACGGCUUCUGCAGCGACGUGCCGUCCGCGAGCUCCUCAUUCUUCUGA